GCAUCGGAUGCCUGAGAAGUCAGGACCCAGUGAUCAGUCAGGAAUCAACCACUCAGCCGCUCCGGAAGCGGGAGGCCAGCCAAGCUGUCCAACAGGUUCUGAAGCGCUUGCCGUUGAGACACUGCCGGCAAGCCAUGCACAACUUCCAAAGGAAGCCUGUGGAAGCUCGACAGAUGCGAGCAGCAAGUCGCCUGACCAGGUGCUUGUGCCAGAUGAUCCUGUAAAUGGCACCAGUGGGGAAUUGCCCACUGUCGCAGCCAACGCAGAAGCGAAGUCAUCAUCCGAGCAGGAGCCCACUUUGAGGGAAGAUGAGAAGGCAUCUCCCGCACCAACAGAGCCAGCCUCGGAUGCGCCAGCUUUAGAUGCUGAGAAAGUGCAAGAGGAGCUUGCUUUGAGGAACGACGAGGCAAGCCUUGCAAACGAAGAGCUUAACGAAAUGCCGCCAGAGGAGGAUUGGCCAACGCACAAGAAGAAAUUUGAGGCUAAGACCAACGAGGCGAAGAGCGAUGUGCGAACUGAAGCUCUGAAGGACUCGCUUGAGAAAGCGCUCUCAAAUUGCAAGGCGUACUGGAAGGAGCUUCAGUUGCCUGCCGAGCAGAUCAUACUCAACGAAGUACAGAAGAUGCGACCCCGCACACUUGACCCAAAGAUCAUGACAGAAGUCAAGCGUGCUUUGCGCAACCUGGAGGGAGCUCUCGAAGAUUGUGCCACGUCUGAGGAGAGCGAGCUUGAGGUCCAUAAGAAGAUCAUCCAAGAGAUUGAGAACGUUGCUUUGCUUCCAUGCCUUUUCAAACAUCUGAAAGACAAGGAGUGGAUGGUGAAGGAAGUCCUAGACAUAAAAGAGAAAUGGCUUGGGAAGGACUAUGUGGGUACUUUGAACACGAAGACAGACCUGGCGGUUCUGUUGCAAGAGUUGGACAAGAAAGAGGAAGCUGAGCAAAAGCUGCGAGAAGUUCUCACAACGAUGCAAGCAAAGAACGACAAGCUUGUUGGUAAGUUUCCUGAAGCUGGCAGCAGAUCUUCUGCCCAGGACUCACAAACUAUCGGUGGCUCUUCCACUAGUGAGCGAGUGAAGGAAAACUUUGCGCUGCACUUCGUCAUGGAUGGGCAGGCAUCUGUCAUUGACAAGACCGGUGACAUUGCCUUCGAGGGGAACAUUCGAAGAGGAGCCAAGUUCUGCAUCAUUUCUUUUCCAGGGAAGUUUGCUUCAGGGUGGGAUGCUUUGGUGGCUGCAUUGCAUGGUGAAUCCGUCGCUUGUGUUUUCUUGACCACCCCCGAGACUGGCCUUGGCAAGCAUAAAGAUGAUGGAAGUGGGAAGUGCUGGUGUAGCCAGAUCUAUGGCGAGAGAAACUUCAAGCAGUUCGGCUAUCUGGUCGUGAUGAAGGACCCUGAUCCGGAAAAACUCAAGCAAGCACUGGAGAACGCGAAAUGUACCCAUGCCAUUGUGGUCCCCUUUGAUGCCACCCCAGAAGAAAGGAAGGCGUAUGAGGAAGAAGCCAAGAAAGCCUGGGAGAAGUAUGGGAAGGUCGCUUCCUGGGGUUGCGAGUGGUUCGUCGUUUGGAUGGAGCAGGUGAAAAAGGCAGUGCAGCUUGGCCAAAGACUGCAAGUGGUCUUUUUCCCUGGACAGAGGGGCCAGGGCAAGGUGGCUUGGGACGAGCUGUCCUUCAGAGAUCUCUGGGACGGUGUGGGCUGCGGUGGCAGCCAAAAAGCCGAGAUUGCCUACGUGGAGGCCAUGCGGAUGAUGGAAGGAGACACUUGGGACUACGACGAAAUCGACGUGAAGCGGUUCUUAUUUCAGGAAUUCCCUCCGAACUGCAAGGUCUUUGCUGAAGAUCCCACCGAUGGCAACAGCUGGCGAGAAGGAACCAUGGUGUUGACCAUGCCUGAUUCUCAAAGUUCUGAGACCUUGAGCAGAGUUUGGGAGCCGAAGUGGAUAGUGAAGUGCGACAAGACGAACAAGCUGUUUGCUUCGAAGCACGUUCGGCACUUUGAGAACCCAUUGAAGCAGGUUGCCGAGCAGGCGGGCCUGCAAGAGACCUUGAAGAGUGUUUUGCAGGAGAUGGAGAGGUCUUCAGAAGAAAUCCAGGUUCAAGCUCCAGUUCAAUCCCACCUUCGAGAUGGCACCCCGUCCUUGAUGUUCCAAGUGACCACCGAGAAAGUGCAGAUCGCACAAGCUUUAAGAAACAAAGUCCUGAGCGGUGCUUUGGACCUUGCCUUGUCGAAGAAGCACAGUGCCUUCGCGAAAAUCCAUGUUGACCAAUCCGACUUCUUAGAACGCUAUGAGAAAAGCCUAUUGACAUUAUCAAAGCUCACGGAUCAUCAAGAGCAGAAGCUGCAGAAUCUCAAGCAGCUUGGCGAGAACUUGCACUUGACAGCUCCCGCUGGUUGUGGCAAGACAUUUGUAGCGAUCCAAUAUGCCUUGGACGAGUUGAAGUUGGACGACGAAAAUUCCUCUGGUCAAAUGUUAUUCGUAUCUCCCCACAUCUCACUUGGACUCUACUUCGUUCGAUGGCUUGCUGUCAGACAUUCAACACUCACAGAGCUAUCAAUCCAUGAUGCGAUGAACCUAAUCAUGAAAAGGAUAGUACUGCUUCAAAAGCCUUAUGAGGACUUGGUUACUUUGCAGAUUGAGGGCAAUAAGAUCAUUCAGAAUAAGGGUGAGAAGGUGCACACUCAGGACUUCUUGCUGGCGGUCUUUGAUGAGUGCCAUGAGCUUGUUCGAGAAGGUUUCGGCCACAUUUUGGACAAGAUCAAUGCGAAGAAGAAGCUGCUCCUAUCAGAUCAGUCGCAGUGUUCUUCGCUAAACCUGGAUGAGAAGUAUCCUGGAUACAGGAAAGAAAGCCUUUCAGAAAUUGUUCGUAGUACAAGACGUCUUGUGAAGGGCGCAUCAGCAUUUCAAAUCGGCGAGACACAGGAGGUCUCAAGCAUUGGCCCUGAUGGCCCUGCACUGAAGACCUUUAUCUUUGAGAAAAGUGAAGAAGAUGAUGUGAACAUGUACUGCGACUACACCCUGAACGCAUUGUCACAUCUGAUCAAAGUGUACCCGGGCCUUAGAAGCCUUCAUGGUCGCCUCGCCCUGCUAGUCCCAGACCAACACUUCUUGGAACAGAUCAAAGUCCGCCUGCAAGAGCAGCUGAAAGUGCGUUUCAGACAUAAACGCUUCCACCUUGUUUCCUUUGAAGAGUCGUUGAGUUUCGUGCCCACGAAGUUCGUUGAAGGACAAGAGGAGCUUAUUUUGCUCGACACCAUCGACAAUGCCAGAGGACAUGAGCAUCUGAUGGUUGUGUGCAUUGCCCUGGACGAAGAGAUCCAGGGCAAGGCUGCAGAGGUGGAUUUGACGACUCGAGCGAAGCUCUACGUGGGCAUUACGAGAGCGCAGCAUUUGGCCAUAGUGGUCAACAAGUACAUCGCAGGAGGUUGGCUAGAGUUUCUGGCAACCUUAAAGUUCAAAAAGGCAGAAUCAGAACGAGGGAAGGAGUAUCGAAGCGAUGCCGCUGCUAAAGUACUCUCAGACGAUGUGCCACCCGCUUCUGCUCCUCAUCUCAAUCAGGAUGAUGAGUCACGUGCUGCAGAUCUCCAGCAGGACGCAAAGGAGCCUGGGUCACGUGCUGCUUCCCAUUCCCGUCCAGAGCAGGAGACGCUACAAUCGGAAGUUGUGGAGCAGGCACAGGCACCAGAAGCAGAGCAGGAGCAGCCGACACGCUUCACUUCAAUCUGGGACACCACAGAUAACAAGAUUGAGGGUGAGAUUGGCCAGUUGAAGUUUGAUCCAAUUGUAACCUCGAGCUCCAGAUCCGCUGGCUGGUUUGAAGCCUGGCGAGCUUCAAGGGGAGACCCUGCAUCCAGCACACGAGCUGACGAGUAUGAAGUGUUAUUGGAUCAGACGAAUGGCACGAGGAUGGGAAUCGACAUGCUGGCUGGCGGAAAGACCCUAAUCAUCCAAGGCAUCGACAGCGGCGGCCUGGUUGAGGAGUGGAAUGAAAGUUCACCGCAUUUGGAGGUGAAAAAGAAUCAUCUCAUCAUGGAGGUGAAUGGAGUUCGUGGCAGCGCCCGCAAAAUGAUGGAGGAGUGUGUGAAGGAUCAGGAGUUGCACCUCAGAGUGCUGAUGGUGAACGAGGUGACUUGGCGGAAGGGAGGGGUGACGACAUCUUGGCCCACCAGAAACGUCCAAGAGGAGAGCGGAAUUCGCAGCUGAGGAUGACCCGUGGAGCAACAAACACUACGUCCUGGCUCAGAUCGGUCGGGGCGUCUCCUUCCUGGAGCAGGCCUCUUUGGAGCUACGCGAUGACCCAGAUGUGAUCCUGGCAGCGGUGCUGCAAGAUCCAUUCGAAGCCUUGAGAUUAGCGUCUGAGGAUUUGCGAAUGGAUGCCAACUAUGUGAAGGAGCUGGUCCGGCAAAGCAAGGCACCUUGGCUUUUGAAGUUGCCUGGUCUAGAGCACUUCCGUGACGACACUGCCUUUGUGGAGCGCUGUGAAAAGGGGGCCGGGACAGGCCUCGUUUUCACUUACUAUGACAGCUCCACAUGCUUCAUGAAGAUGCGAAAGCACUUCAAAGCCAUCAAUGUAUCUGUCCCCGGCGGCGACGCACGUGAUCAAGUGGUGGAAAAGUUGAUGAACGAAGGUCCACAAGGCAUUGCAACGGUUUGGUUUGGAGAUGAGCACGUCUUCGGAGCCUAUGCAGAUGAGAGCAAGUGGAUGCAUCCGCCACACGAGUGUGGCCGUGACCAAGUGGCUGUCCCGCCUGAGAGUGAGCGGAUCGGAAUGUGGUCCUGCCAUGUUCAAAGUCAGAAAGGUGACUUCUGGCCUGCAACUGGAAGCAAAUACAACUGUCACUUGGGCCAAGAAUACGCUGCAGACUUUCAGGUUGUGAGUGAGGAAACCCGAGAUCAAAUCGAAGAUUGGCGUUUGAGUUUGAGCGCAGAGGGUGUGUUGCUGAGAUGUUUGAUUUCCAGCGCACAGCGUCCGAAGGUUGGUGCUGUCACUGGUUGCGAAGAGUACGAGAUGCACAAGCUGAUGGUGCAGUGAUUUGCUGCGCCACUUCGAAUAUUUAUAACUCAGAUUGGGUGGAACGAUACACUGCUGGAUCCUCUGAGCUCAGUGAUGAACGGGCGGAUCAGUGGCAACUACACAGGAAACUUGAACUGCCCAGUGGUGUGGGUGUGUCUCAAGGUAAGUAGGUCGACUCUGUGAUAAGUCAACCAUGGGCCUUGAGACACACCUGAGGUUUAUGUUUUGGUGUUGUCCCUUUUCUAGCAGUCCUGGAUUUAGCCGGCUGCCUCCCCAAAAGUUGUUGCACACAUUUGUGGUUUUGGUUGACUUGAUCAGCUCAGCCUAGGGAACGCUUCAGGAAUGGGAGGCCUGUUGAAUGGGGCAAGGGCCGGAUCCAUGUGAGUAGCGGCCAAGACUUCGCACGUGAAGCGCGCAUCCACCCUCGCAUUGGCGUGCCUAUGGGGGACGGAUGCCUCUGGGAGCGAUCGAUUUUGGAUGGUCUAAAUGUUGCUGUGCCCGCAUUUUUUAUGCCCUAAUCUUUCCAAGCAGUUGUUAUACCAUUCAGUCGUUUGCAUUUUCACCAUUGAGUACCCUCGUGCUUGGCUCGAGAAAA